UCACCAACCCGGACCCCGGGCUGGCCUCUUCUAGCUUCCCCUCCUCGUCUCUGACUGAAAAUAUUCUUCUUCUUCUUUCUUCUUCUCCGUUUCUUCUCCAAGCAAGUUUGGAUCCAUCAAAGCAUCUAUCUACACAAGCCGUCGCAAAAGUCAUUACUCGGACAACCAAAUUACAUUCAAGUAUCCAUAUUACAACGUAUUAGCUUUACAGUAGCUUACACUGGGACCAAUACACCAAGCACAAUCACUCACUGUGCUCGAUUGAUCCCGGUCACCUCAGAUUGCGCCGCCACUAGGUUAUUACUGCGCAACAUUUUUUGGUUCGACUUGCAAAGAUCUACCUUGGCGCCACUGCCGUACCACGACCGCAAUUAUCUUACCGUGCUCAUCUCCGAAUUUAUUCUUCUCCUGACUCUGUCCGACACCUUCAACUGUCUGAGCGAUUUUGGUAAUUCUUGAGAAAGCAUCUCUACGAAAGAAAGCGAACAGAAAAUAACCCCACGUCCAUCGAGCGAGCACUUACAAGCGCCCCUCUUCCCCCACUUCAUCUCGACAUCAUUUCUUACCGACACCCAAAAGAACCCAGAAGCUGUCGCAUCCGACAUUACGAUAAACCCAUUGACGAUUUCACGACUCUGUUCAUUGACGACCUGGCGACGCCAGAUACAUCGCGACUUGUCCCUAGAAUACAGAUCCUGCACUGUCGCGCACAGGCAGAUUUGACGAACAUACCACAAUGAACGGCACACAAUCCCCCGAUGCCCAAAAGGCAGCAAAUGCCAACACCAACGGUAGCAACAGCAACAAUAGCAGUCUUGCUGCUAAGAAGCGCAAGAAGGACUUGAAGCCGAUAAUUACUAUGGAGGGCACAAACCAACCAGCUGGGUGUGUAUAAAACUGUUUCCUUUUUGGUCUUUGAGCUCUGGUCGCAUUUUGUUUUGGUUAUCUAUACACACAUCUCGUUCGCAUUCUUUCUUAGUGUUUUGUUUUGUUGCAGCCGCAUCACCCUACACAACCUUGAUUUUGGGGAACCUCUCCGUCGCACAUUGCUUUGGCAUUCCCCUCGAGGCCGCUGGUUUUACAGAUCGCAUGCCGCCAUCCCAAAAUCCCCAAGGCGCCGCUGGUCCGAUGUCGCCAACGACCCUGAUACAACCCAACUGCUCUAGCUACAUCUCAGAUCAGCUGUUGCUGCGAUUAUGAGACCAGAUCCACAACUUCCAUGUGACUGGUUAUGGAAGAAACAGAUACUGGUUUCAGAGAAAAUCAAGCAUCAUUCCAUUCAUAUCGCCAAAAUGGACACUCAACAAAUAUGGCGCGGCAUUGCAUCACCCUACAGAAGCAGCGAGGGCAGAUUGAAACAAGUGUGGACACUGCUCACAGUGGCUGUUCUGGAGCUUGGGGGCCCGUGUGCUUGGGCCUUGAUAGAAGGACACGACCCCAUAAGCCUUGGGCAUUCACCAACCUUGGAUCACUCGAUCGAUCACUGGGUCCUCUGUACCUGAUUUUGGUCUGCCCUGGAGGUGGUGCAGUCAGUCACUUGCCCGUGGCCACCUCUGAUUGUGCCUGAAGCUUCUGUUGGCUGAUGCAUGUGGAGGAGGAUGAGAAUGUGAUGAAGAUGGUUGUGCUCAUGCUGUCUGAUGCGAUACCACCUGACUGAGUUGUCCGGCCCUUUGCCAUCACUUUGCAUUCUCUAUUGUCGCUCCCUCUCUUUGGAACUCGCUUGGCGAGCUGGAUAUUCGAGCCUUGAGCUCUGAGAGACCCUUUAUUCGCCGGGCGGGACGCUCCGUCGUGCGCCGCGUGCCAGCCAUCCCAUGGUCUCUAGCAGGGCCCUAGAAACAGAAAGCCAAGCGACUGCAGAUCCGCAAAGAACGCUGAGCUCAGAGUCAAGGAAAGCGAAGCAAAUCAAAACCAAAGACAAGGAGCACGCCCCCGAGCCCAGUCGACCUAUAAUCUCCAUCAAUCUCUCCCUCGACUUGGCCUCGCCUGUUUUUAUAUUGUUUACUCCUUUUCUCUUUUUUUCUUUUUUUUUUUUUUUUUUUUUUUUUUUUUUUUUUUUUUUUUUUGGCUCUUUAUGCGUCCCAGCUUGCAGUCAACCUCAACCGUAACCAUCGUGCACCAGACGUCUUUGUCAUCUUCGUCAUUUUGGCCAGAUCCUUGUUCUCUCCAUCACCUUUCCUUAUCCCCCGCUCAUAAACCGCCACGCUGCUCACCGGCUUAUCUGUCGCGCUGCUCCCACGAUUAUCACUAUUUUCACUACGUGAUUUGACUUGAGCUGGUGCUCCCGAAGUUGAGGAGCAGAGAAGGACAAGGAAGCAGAUUCAACGCCCGACUUAUUACCAGCGCAAGCUGCGUCAUGUGAAGGCACCAUGAGCAGCUUUCUCAAAUCAAGGUUGCACUUCCCCGUCCCGUUUUAUGCUUUGUCGGUAGCGGUUUGGCGCCCAAACUUAGGCGUGUGUUUCACCGCAGUCGGUCAAUUCAGUGCCCGAGUCUUUUUGGUACCGAAUUCUUCAACUGGAAGCGCCAGUGAAAGACUUGACUCGUUUCUACGUUAUCGUUUGGAUGAUGUUUUGAUGCUUCCCCGCCAUUUCACUACACCCAAGCCCAAUCCGGCAAAGGUCCCCCACCACGCGCAAGGCCUCAGCUCUUUCGUCGCCGUCGCUCUCCCACCAAAUCUUGCGACCGUGGUUGUUUGAUCUGAUUGCAUUGGCUCCGCCUCAAUUCUCGUUCAUCAUCUACACGUCGCCUUAUUGCGCUGAUUUUUACCGCAUCUCUACAUAUAUUUUAAGCCAUCGCUGACCUCUUUUCUCCCCCUUAUAGAUCCCACCAGCUUUCCGCCAUGGCCCAUUCCCCCUCUUCCUCGUCCGUCGACGAUGCCGCCGAAAAUACUGCAGAUGAAGAGGAUUCUGAAGAUUACUGCAAAGGUGGCUACCACCCCGUACAAGUCGGAGAGAAGUUCAAGGAUGGAAAAUAUACCGUGGUUCGCAAGCUAGGAUGGGGUCAUUUCUCAACCGUCUGGCUGUCCCGCGACAACACCAACGGCAAGCAUGUCGCCCUCAAGGUUGUCCGUUCCGCCGCCCACUACACCGAGACCGCCAUCGAUGAGAUCAAGCUUCUCAACAAGAUUGUUCAAGCCAAGCCCGAUCACCCUGGUCGCAAGCACGUUGUGAGUCUUUUGGACUCGUUCGAGCACAAGGGACCCCACGGCACCCACGUCUGUAUGGUUUUCGAGGUGCUGGGAGAGAAUUUGCUUGGGCUCAUCAAGCGCUGGAAUCACCGUGGCAUUCCCAUGCCUCUUGUCAAACAAAUUACAAAGCAAGUUCUACUAGGCCUCGACUACCUCCAUCGCGAAUGCGGUAUCAUUCACACCGACCUCAAACCAGAAAAUGUCCUUAUCGAGAUUGGGGAUGUUGAACAGAUCGUUAAGCGCGUCGUCAAACCUGAAUCUGCCGAAAAGGAGAAUAACCGCAAUGGACGUCGGCGCAGAAGGACUCUCAUUACUGGCAGUCAACCAUUGCCAUCUCCCCUCAACACCAGCUUCAACCAGUCCAACCUUUUCCCCUCACCGAACACGCACUCUAGUCUUGCUGGUGUCCUGAACGAAGGCAAGUCAUCAAAGGAGGCAUCUCCUAAACCAUCUGACGAUGCCCAAAAGCAACGAGAAAAGUCUGCCGAUCUUCUCAGUCGGGAAGUCUCAGGUAUCUCUCUAGACAAGUCAAACUCUCCCUCUGCUUCAACAGGCGAAAAGCGCAAGGCAGAAGAUGCGCACGCUUUCGAUGUUAUUAGCGUCAAGAUUGCAGACCUGGGCAAUGCCUGCUGGGUCAACCACCACUUUACCAACGACAUCCAGACAAGACAAUAUAGAUCACCUGAGGUUAUUUUGGGUUCCAAAUGGGGUGCCAGCACUGAUGUAUGGAGUAUGGCAGCUAUGGUGUUUGAGUUAAUCACCGGAGAUUAUUUGUUUGAUCCUCAGUCAGGUACCAAGUAUGGUAAGGACGAUGACCACAUUGCUCAAAUCAUCGAACUACUUGGGCCAUUCCCCAAAUCUCUAUGUCUCAGUGGCAAGUGGAGUCAGGAGAUCUUCAACCGAAAGGGAGAAUUGCGAAACAUCCACCGACUGCGGCAUUGGGCUCUACCGGAUGUGCUACGCGAGAAGUAUCACUUUAAGGAAGACGAGGCAAAGCGUAUUGCAGACUUCCUCACCCCAAUGUUGGAGUUAGUACCUGAGAAGCGAGCCAAUGCUGGCGGAAUGGCAGGUCACGUCUGGUUGGAGGAUACACCUGGCAUGAAGGGGCUGAAGAUUGAGGGCCUGGAAGUCGGUGGCCGUGGUGAAGGCAUCGACGGCUGGGCGACGGAAGUAAGGAAGAGAUAAAGUGAUUUAUAGACGCCUCGGGCAUGUCGAAUACAGAGAAACAAGCGAAACACAAGUCGACAGUCCAAGGCAACCCACAUGAAGUGGUGCAUGUGGGGUUUGACUGGUCUUUUUUUAAUUGUCUUUUUGAUGAUCCACACGAACGGCUUGCGGUGCUACAUUACACUUGUACAUCUUGACGAUCUGGAACAGCGGCAUCUUAUCAAGCGAGCCGACUAUGAUGAUGAAUGUAUGUAGGCGAGGGAAGAAGUACAUGCAAAGGGGGUAAAAGAUUUAACGACUGUCCAAUGUCUUAGCACUCUUUGGUCUAGCCUGGGAGCAAGAACGCAUCAGACCUUGAUAUAGAUUGUUGAAAUAAACUCAGCAAAGUGUAUCCUAAAUCUAUCCUACACUUAUGCCAGGUUACCUAAACUUGCCAA